AUGCUUGUCCUAAGAAAUGACGAGCUUGCUCUGCUAAGAGACCGUUUGAAUACAGAAUCUGAAAAAUUACUGACUAUUAAAGAUGAAAAUGGUCUUGACAUCUCGCAUGUUUUCAAUUUUUUACCAGCAAAGAUGGAAUAUCCGGAUUAUUACAUAAUUAUUAAACAUCCUAUAGCAUUUGAUACUAUUAGGAAAAGGUUACCUCAUUAUAUUGAUCCACAAGAUUUUAUAACUGAUGCUUUCCAAAUCCCAUGGAAUGCUAAAACUUAUAACGCCAAGGGUUCCAUCAUUUACUCUUACGCAGAUAGGCUGGAUUCAUUCUUAAGAAAUAUAACUCUUCCAAAUUUAAAGAGAUUUUACCCAGAACUUGUUAUACCUGACCUAGGUCCUCUGCCAGAUGAAACUAGACAAAGUAGUACAACAGGAAACACAUCAUCGACUAAUAAUAAACGAGAAUUUGAAAAUUCCACUGUGAAUAGGCAAAAUGAUACACUUAAGGCUAAUAAGUUGCAGAAAUCUUUCCUUAUUACGAACACGCAAGCUCCUAGCACUGUUUUCCCAAUGGAACAGAAUUCGAUAACGAUAGAGGGAAAUAACACGAAUGGUGGGAACUAUGAACCAAAUCAAUAUAUAUCUCAGAACCCGAUGCAGAUAAUACAUACAAUUCCUGCAGUAAUUGAUGAGGCAACUAGACAGACGCAAAAUGGUCAACAUCAGUUUAGUCAUGUAUCGCCAUCUAUGUCACCGCUUUCUCAACCUCAAUCAUUCUCACCAACUCCUCAACCCAUGCAAAGCAAUAUAGAAAUGAAUCCAAAUGGGAAUAUGACUCAUCAAAUUCAAAGAACGGUAACCACUGCACAAAUCAAACCAGCAAAUGCUAGGAAAGGUAAAGGAAGACGUGGCAGACCACCAAUUAUCGAUUUACCAUAUAUUCAACGAAUGAAGAAUAUCUUAAAGAGUUUAAAACGUGAUAUUGAUCCUACAAACAACAAGCCAAUACUUAGUUAUUUUGAUAAAUUUCCAGAUGGUGCAUUGGGUCCAAUGAUUGCCAACCCCAUUUGCCUUGAUGAUAUUUGGAAAAAAAUUAAGACAAGAAGAUAUAGAGAUUUCCAAUCAUUUCAAUUUGAUUUCAAUUCAAUGCUAUCUAAUUAUAAAGAACUAUAUCAAAAUGAUCCUAUGAAAGCACCAAGAGCACAUAUUAUACAAUCAUCAUUCAAUCAUUUCUUAACCCUGGAAUUACAAAGACCUGAUUCAGAUUAUGUCCCUGAAGGUCAUUAUAGAAUCCCCUUAGAUGAAGUAUAUAUAAACAAUGACAAAUAUUCGAUCGGUGAUUGGGUUUUACUUUAUAAUCCCAACGAUGCAACGACACCAAUUGUUGGUCAAAUCUUUAGAUUUUGGGUUACACCAGAUGGUCAAAAAUGGCUUAAUGCAUGUUGGUAUUUGAGACCCGAACAAACCGUUCACAGGGUCGACCGUUUAUUUUAUAAACAUGAAGUAGUAAAAACUGGUCAAUAUAGAGAUCAUCGUAUUGAAGAUAUACAAGGCCAUUGCUACGUAGUUCAUUUUACAAGGUAUCAACGUGGUGAUCCAGAGUUGAAAGUUGAUGGUCCUUUAUUUAUUUGUGAAUUUAGAUAUAAUGAAAACGAUAAAGUGUUUAACAAAAUCAGGACAUGGAGAGCAUGUCUUCCGGAAGAGAUUAGAGAUGUCGAUGAGGUAACAGUACCGAUCAACCGAAGGAAAUUUUUCAAAUAUCCCUCUCCAAUUAGGCAUCUCUUACCUCCUAAUGCAACAAUCAAUGAUCCAAUACCGCAAGCUACAGAAGGUGCCGCCAAUGCUCCACCUUUGAUUGGGGCAGUGUAUCUAAGGCCAAAAGUUGAAAAGGAUGAUCUCGGUGAAUAUUCAACAUCUGAUGAUUGUCCACGUUACAUAAUUAGGCCAAAUGACCCACAAGAGCAAGGUACGAUAGAUUAUGAGAAUGGGACGAUAAUUCCAACCUAUAAAAAUAAUUAUAGUACAUCAGGAUAUGCAUCGAACCGUACACAAAGUGUAAAGCAACAUACACAACCAAUGGCACAGAACAACAAUAGUAAAAUCAUGACUGCAGCCACUACUACAAUGCGUAACACUACGCCAAUGACGCUACAGAAUAAAAUACCGGCUGUGCAGAAUAAUAAAUUCCCAAUAAGACCCUCUAAACCAACUCCACUUACAACUAUUCCUACCCAACGUAGACCAACACCUCCACAACAUACUACCAGAGGUCCAUAUAUAUCACAUAUUGGGAACAAAAAUAGGAUACAAAAGGAACAACAAAGAAAGGAACAAAUAAAAUAUAGACUACAUAAAGUAAAGAGUAAAAUAAAACAAACUCCUACUGAUCUUACGACUGCCAUCAAUGCACUAACAACACAUACUUCUAAAUCAACCAAUGGUCAAAUCGUUUUAUCAGCUCCAAGUGCAUAUGUUCUACCGACCGAAAUUUCUUUAAAUAAUGAACCAUUAUCAACGAUUACGACGACAUUACAGUGCUCCGAUCUAGAGAACCAGCUAAGGCGGUACACGAAAGAGGAACUGAUGAUUAAGAAAAGGUCGCAGCGGGACGCAACGACUGAUGAAGUGAUAUGGUUCAGAGGACCAAGUAUUUUCGUAAAAAAUCGUCUGCUGAACAUGGGUUCUGAACCUUUCCAAGUUCCGCUGAAUAGAUGGUUUCUCGACAGCAAUUUAAAGCGAAGGAAAUUGGAUUACGAAGAGGUCGAGGAAACAAUAGACGACGAUCCUAAUAAGGAAGAGGAUACACAAGUACUUGAGGAAGGUGUAAGAAACGAGUUAGAUACUGAAUUGAAACUGGAAAUUCCAGGGCCUGAACUGGCUGUCAGUACUAAGACUGAUACAAAUAAUUUCGUUAAUAGAGGUCUACCCACUGUGGUUACAAACGACUUAACAUUAUCUGAGGGUGUUGAAGCUGAAUUAAGUGAUAAUGAUGAUGAAGAGUGUCUAAUCCCAUGUAUUGACUUGACUCCUUCAGCAAGAUUCCUUUGUUAUAAAUUGGCAGCGGCGGCACGCAAAACCGAGUCAAGAACUUCCAUUUGA